ACAACAGGACCUUCAGAGUCUUAUCAGUGUCCAAGGGGCCAGUCACAUAGUCAGUCGGGCAGCGCUACACCCAGAGCGUUUUUUUUCCUACACCUGACUCCUCUUGUCUACUUGAUGUCAUUUUGCAAGUGACACUGUCGCUGUGCCAGUCAGAAAGUUGAUUCAACAUGAUGUCUGAAGAGAGCAAUUGUAUUGCAGCCAAUGGGCUUCCUGUUGUGGAGGAUGAUUCUGAAAGCAUCCACACACCAAAGGCCCAGUCACCACUAGACUCCAAACUCCAACACAUCGGCAGCCUCUCCAGUCCGCUGGCCAACGGAGUAGUGGAGGAAGCGGACCCCGAGUCUGACGAAGAAACCAAGCCGAUUCGUCUCAACGCGGCUUCGGUGUCUCUGGCCCCGGCUGACAGACUAUGGAGCACGGUCAGGGACCAGGCGGUCAGGCUGAGGAUGGAGGAGUCCGGGCCCGGCUCGGAAGCCCCCAUGACGGUCCACCAGAUGUUCCUGGAGACGGUACAGAGCCACGAAGAUCACCCGGCACUGAGCUCCAAGAUCGAGGGGGAGUGGGUCACCCUCACAUGGAGGGAGUACUACAACCAGUGCAGAGCUGCUGCCAAAAGCUUCCUCAAGUUGGGGCUGGAGCGUUUCCAUGGUGUUGGUAUUCUGGGAUUUAACUCUCCGGAGUGGUUCAUCGCAGACAUCGGCUGUAUCUUGGCUGGGGGCCUGGCUGCAGGUAUUUACACCACCAAUUCACCCGAGGCGUGUCAGUACGUGGCGGAAAACUGCGAGGCCAACGUUCUAGUGGUGGAGAAUCAUAAACAGCUGCUGAAGAUCUUACAGGUUAAAGACCAGCUACCUCAUCUGAAAGCCAUUGUUCAGUACAAGGAUGAGCUACAACAGAAACUACCAAACCUCUACACGUGGGCAGAGUUCAUGACGCUGGGGGAGGCGGUGUCAGAUGAGGAGCUGAAUGCUGUGAUUGACAGCCAGAGAGCCAAUGAGUGUUGCACGCUCAUCUACACCUCAGGCACCACAGGCAAUCCCAAAGGGGUCAUGUUGAGUCACGACAACAUCACCUGGAUAGCCAACGCUGCGGGUACCAUGACAGAACUGAAGGUUGCUGAGGAAGUGGUGGUCAGCUACCUGCCCCUCAGCCAUGUGGCCGCCCAGGUCAACGACAUGUGGAUCUGCAUGAGAGUCGCCGGAACGACUUACUUUGCUGACCCUGACGCCCUCAAGGGCUCGUUGGGUAAUACCCUAAAGGAGGUGCGCCCCACCAGCUUCCUGGGUGUCCCUCGUGUCUGGGAGAAGAUGCAGGAAAAGAUGAAAGCCAUUGGUGCUAAGUCAUCUCCAUUCAGGAAGAGAAUAGGAGACUGGGCCAAGUCUGUAGGACUCCAGUACAGCUACAGUGCCAUGAACGGGGAGAACGCGGUGCCCUGGGGCUUCAUGCUGGCCAACAACCUGGUCUUCAAGAAGGUCCGCGCCGCCCUGGGCUUCGACCGCUGCCGGGCCUGCUUCACCGGCGCCGCCCCCAUCACCAAGGAGACGCUGGAGUACUUCAUGAGCCUCAACCUCCCCCUGUUUGAGCUGUAUGGCAUGAGCGAGAGCACUGGACCACACACCAUCUCCUGGAUGGACGCGUACCACAUCAUGAGCUGUGGGAAGGUGGUGAUAGGCUGUAAGACUAAGCUGGACAAGCCGGACGAGGACGGGAAUGGAGAGAUCUGCUUCUGGGGCCGUCAUGUCUUCAUGGGCUACCUGAACAUGCCGGACAAGACGGAGGAAGCACUGGACCACGAGGGCUGGCUGCACUCAGGAGACCUGGGCAAACACGACAAGAAGGACUUCCUGUUCAUCACAGGAAGGAUCAAAGAGCUGAUCAUCACGGCCGGUGGUGAGAACAUUCCUCCUGUGCCCAUUGAGGACGCGGUGAAAGCUGAAACAGCCAUCAUCAGCAACGCCAUGCUGUUGGGAGACAAGCUUAAGUUCCUCUCCAUGAUGCUCACUCUCAAAUGCGUUGUGGACGACAACGGCGAACCCACAGAUGAGCUAAGCCCUGAGGCUGUGGAGUUCUGUCAGAGGCACCGCGUCACGGCAACCAAGGUCUCGGAGAUCAUAGCCAAUAAGGAGCCAGCCAUCUACCAGGCCAUCCAGGAGGGAGUGGAGCGAGUCAAUGCCAGGGCCAACUCCAACGCUCAGAAGGUGCAGAAAUGGGUCCUUCUUGAAAAAGACUUCUCCAUUUCCGGAGGAGAGCUGGGCCCUACCAUGAAGCUAAGAAGACCUGUUGUGGUGAAAAUCUACAAGGACACAAUAGACCAGAUCUAUGCAGUGACACAGGAAUAACAGUGGAACACAAAGACAGAAGAACAUUGAAGACCUAAAACUAGGGCAGAUCACAUGACUAGAAAAGGCCUUAAAUAUAUUGCAUUUUAUUUCAUGUUUUUGUAGAGAUUGUUCUGCGUCUAGCAACUCAGCAUGACUAUGAUCCUCCCAUUGGUUCCUACUCCAAAUAACUAUUUAAGCAGUUAUGUACAUAAGACUUCGCAGCAAUGAUAUUUGCACUUUUUGUAAAUAAACGGUUUAAUCAUUGCCAAAUCUACUGUACUCUCUUAAGAGACUACUUUGCACUUUCCGAAAGUCUGCAAAGCUGAACUUUGGAAGUGAGUAUCAUCGGAUUCCAGCUUCACCGU